CUUUUGUCAAUCUUGAUCGGAGCUUGCCGAGUAAGUCUAUAAGCCUGCAUGUGCCUGGCAACUGUUACCUAGUGACAGUUUCAGCUGCAGUAGCCAUUGGCUGUGCUGUUGAUUGGGGCAGGAGGACCGAGUCACCUUUCUGAUGGUGAGUUCUGCAUCGGCUCAGGAUGAGGAGGAGGAGCAGGGCUCCGGCUCAGGUGGAGGCAGUGAUGCUCAGAGACUGUGAAGAAUAUCCCAACAGCAUCCUGGGGGCUGCAUCACAGUGAGUCGGACUUCCGAAGCAAGCAGCCCAGCCUAGCAGCUGAUGAGAGUGAGUGUAGGUGAGAAGCAUCGCCUUAUCCCUAUCAUGAGAGAACUAUUUUGUGACAAGUGAAACUGGGGUGUGCAAGGAGGGCUCUCCUGUGGCUGUUAUAAAAGAAGGACCGCCCUGAAUGACUUGCUGAUGCACGAGAAAAGAACUUUCGGGAGAAUGCUUUCUAUGAAGCUGCUGCUUUGUUCCUGAGGAAGUGUUUUUAUUUUUAAUGCAUGGUAUUUCUUCAAAAGGUAUGACAACAAAGGCUGACAAGAGACUCUCUGAAAUGCCUGAACUUUAAAAAAGACUUUUGACAAUGCUAACCUUAUAUCAGAACGACCUUGGAAGCCUUUUGGAUGGAUCCUAUCCUGCCAGCCUUUCAGUAUGUCACACUCUAGGAUUUAAACUCAUCUUGAUGCUUUAGAGGUAUUUUAAAACAAGACCAUCGUACAACCUGCCUGAUGGCCCCUGUGUUAAUUGAGUACUUGCUCAAAAUAGAAUGCAGAGAUAGAAGAGACAUUUUUUUAAACAUAUGGCUGCUACGUAACUGCAAAUAUAACAAACAAGUUGAUCCCUAAGAAACAGCCCUUCUGAGGAGGACAGACAGCCCACAGACGCUUUUCUUCCCUUGACAAUUGAUUUAUUUUUCUUUUUGCAGAUUUAAUUUUUUAUAGUGCAAGGUAAUACAUCCAUUUUCUCUAGAAGUGCCUUGUGUCUACAAAAAGUUGUUUGAGACCACCAGAGGCAGCUCAUGAGUGACCUUUUUCACCGCCUUUGUAGCGUCUCCCCCCCUCCCUGCCAAAGCUGAGGUGUGUCACUGCUGCACUGAGGCUGAUGAAGAGACUGGGAUGCUCCCUGGGAUGCUUGGCUGUGACAGCAGCACUACCACCGUCUCCCGAAGCUGAUUCUCAGACACUCAUGCAGAGUUGAACAGAUGCUGGGCAGGGCACUGGCUUGCUGUAGCCCAGGCUGCAGGGUCCCUUAAUUCCAAGCCAUGAAUGAAACCAGGUGGACUGAAUGGAGGACCGUGAACCUGAGCAGUGGCCUUGUGAAUGUGACGGAGCGCCACUCCUGCCCACUGGGAUUUGGCCAUUACAGCGCGGUGGACGUCUGCAUCUUUGAGACAGUCGUUAUUGUCCUGCUGACAUUUCUAAUCAUUGCUGGGAAUUUAACGGUCAUCUUUGUCUUUCACUGUGCUCCACUCUUGCACCAUUACACCACCAGCUAUUUCAUUCAGACAAUGGCAUAUGCUGACCUUUUCGUUGGAGUUAGCUGCCUGGUUCCUACCCUCUCCCUUCUCCACUACUCCACGGGUAUCCACGAGUCAUUGACUUGCCAGGUCUUUGGAUAUAUCAUCUCGGUUCUCAAAAGUGUUUCCAUGGCAUGUCUUGCCUGCAUUAGUGUGGAUCGCUAUCUUGCCAUCACCAAGCCUCUUUCCUACAAUCAACUGGUCACCCCCUGUCGCCUGAGAAUUUGCAUUAUUUUAAUCUGGAUCUACUCCUGCCUGAUUUUUUUGCCUUCCUUUUUUGGUUGGGGGAAACCUGGUUACCAUGGUGACAUUUUUGAAUGGUGUGCCACCUCUUGGCUCACCAGUGCCUAUUUCACGGGCUUCAUUGUUUGUUUACUGUAUGCCCCUGCUGCCUUUGUUGUCUGCUUCACUUACUUCCACAUCUUCAAAAUUUGCCGGCAGCACACCAAAGAGAUACAUGACCGGAGGUCCCGAUUUCCCAGCCACGAGGUGGGCGCCUCUGGAGAGACUGGACACAGCCCCGACCGCCGCUACGCCAUGGUUUUGUUCCGGAUAACCAGUGUAUUCUACAUGCUGUGGCUCCCCUAUAUCAUUUACUUUCUCCUGGAAAGCUCCCGGGUCUUGGCCAAUCCAACACUGUCCUUCUUAACAACCUGGCUGGCUAUAAGUAACAGUUUCUGUAACUGUGUAAUUUACAGCCUUUCCAACAGUGUCUUCCGGCUAGGCCUCCGAAGACUGUCCGAGACAAUGUGCAUGUCUUGUCUGUGUAUGAAGGAUCAGGAAACACGAGACCCCAAACCCAGGAAACGGGCUAAUUCCUGCUCCAUUUGAAGAGACCUACACAGGAAAUCAAAUAUAAUCUGACAGUGGUUUGGGAUCCUAUUCUUCACUCAUCUGGAAAUUUGCCACGAGAGAAAUAUUUACUUGAAUAGUUGACUGUGAGAUGAAGAGACUAAAGGUUUCUUUUUACAUGGAGAAAAAAACGAAAGAAAAGGAUGUAUAGAGGGUAAUCUCACGAGAUAAUUGUAGUGUGAGUAGAAAUGUGCAGUAAUGGGAAGCUGAGGAUGAACACAGUGUUUCAGAUCUUCCACAGGACAUGAGCAAAGCCCCUCCGUGUCUGUCUCUCACUGAACUCUCUCCUCUGUCUUUUUGUCUCUCAUUCUGCCUCUUGUCUCUCUUGCUCUCUUUGUGUUUGUGGAAACGACUUAUAUAAAUUGCUCUUUAUAGAAAAAUGCUACAUAUUAUAUAUGUGGCAAAGUGUAAUCUUUUGCAUCCAAGUGUACUUUUAAACACACUGAUCUGAAAUCCAUAUGUGGUCUCUCCAUGGAGGAUGCAUAAUAAGCCUUGUAUUUUAGUACCUGCCACAUAACCCUUUCGCUUGUGUUUUUAUAAUCUCCGCAGCACAAAUUUUCUGCUAUGAAUAAAAAGAAACAGUAUUUUUAUUUCAUCACAGUAAAAUUAUGCUCCCCGCCCCCCAUUUCCUAACAGCCUGCUGUAUUAUUUUCCUCUCAAUUUUUUUUGAUCUGCAUCCUUUAGUACCUUAAUCCAGAAGUGUCUUAGCUAAUGAAAGAAUCUACUAUAUAAAGCAAUCAUGUUAAAUAAUUUAUUCCUUCCAACAAAGCAAUCUCUAGCCUGUUUGAGAUACUGUGUUAAAUAUUUUUAAUGGUUUUGGAAAUAUUUUUUUUGGUUCCUUUUAAAUUAUUUCAUGUGCCCAAAUAAUGUCCUGUUCUUUAUAGUAAGCUUUGUUUUCCUUUAAGAAAAUCCACAAGAACUCUAAUGCAGAUGCAAAGCACUCACCCAGAAGUGAGGUACCACUCUUAAAGCUACUUGGUGUGUUCUUCUUUUUUUUUUAAGAGUAAAAAGUUGACCUUUUUGUGUUAGGUCUACAAAACUUACUGUUCUGUCUGUCAACUAAUCAUUUGUGUGAUACGUUUGCACAUACUACAUUUUUUACAACAAAGAAAAUGUAAAUUAUAUUAUGUGAUCUGUGCCUAAUGUUUUCUUAGCACAAUAUAUAGAUCAGUGUUCCUUAAGUCAUCGCCAUUGGAAAAAAAUAUACAAAAACUUCUGUUAA